UUGGGUCGGCAGAGCCGGGGGGGGAUUAUGGCUCCUGGCGUGCGAGGAGACUUACGUGAUUCUGCGUUACCUUUGUUGAACUCACCUAGUGUUGAAGGUGAUACAAUCAAAGUUUAUGUAAGGGUACGUCCACCUUCAGAAGGAACUGUGUUAACCGAUGGAGACCAAGGCUUGUGUUUAUCUGUUCUUUCAUCAAAUACCAUCCGUCUGCAUUCGAAGCCUGAGCCAAAGAUCUUCACUUUUGAUUAUGUUGCAAAUAUGGAAACAACACAGGAGUCUGUGUUCUCAAGUGUGGCCAAAAAUAUUGUUGAAUCUUGUAUGAAUGGCUACAAUGGAACCAUCUUUGCAUAUGGCCAGACUGGGUCAGGAAAAACCUUUACUAUGAUGGGACCAUCUGAUUCGGAUAAUUUUACUCACAGCCUGAGAGGUGUAAUUCCACGGAGCUUUGAAUACUUAUUUUUUCUAAUUGAACGUGAAAAAGAAAAGGCUGGCAAUGGAAAGAGUUUUCUCUGCAAAUGUUCAUUUAUUGAAAUCUACAAUGAACAGAUCUUUGACUUGCUUGAUACUGCUUCAGCAGGACUCUUUCUCAGAGAACACAUCAAGAAGGGAGUCUUUGUUGACGGUGCUGUUGAACAGGUGUUGUCAUCUGCUGCGGAAGCAUAUCAGGUAUUAACUAUGGGCUGGAGAAACCGUCGUGUAGCAUCGACCUCGAUGAACAGAGAAUCUUCAAGAUCACAUGCAGUUUUCACUAUCACCGUGGAAUCCAUGGAGAAAAACAAUGAGGUUGUUAACAUUCGGUCUUCCCUGCUCAACCUGGUAGACUUGGCAGGAUCCGAGAGACAGAAAGACACCCAUGCAGAAGGACUGAGGUUAAAGGAAGCAGGUAACAUAAAUCGAUCACUAAGUUGCCUGGGCCAAGUAAUCACAGCACUUGUUGAUGUGGGUAAUGGAAAACAGAGACACAUUUGCUACCGGGAUUCCAAGCUCACUUUUCUGUUACGGGAUUCUCUAGGUGGUAAUGCAAAAACAUGUAUAAUCGCAAAUGUUCAUCCAGGAUCCAGGUGUUUUGGUGAAACACUGUCCACCCUUAAUUUUGCUCAACGAGCAAAGUUGAUUAAAAAUAAGGCUGUGGUAAAUGAAGACACGCAAGGAAAUGUGAGCCAACUGCAAGCAGAGGUGAAGAAGCUGAAAGAGCAGCUUGCUCAACUUACUUCAGUGCCAUCUGUGCAUGAUAUUUCUGUAUCACAAGGUGCGGUUGAAAAAGGGAAGAGCAACUUAAAUUACAUGAAUAGCUUUAUUGAAGCAAUGUUGUUCUGGGAGAAAUCAGAAGGUGAAAAGAAGAAUUUGUUAGAAAAAAUUGCUCAACUAGAAGAUCUGUGUGCCAAGAAGGAGAAAUUUAUCCAGUCCAGUAAAAUGAUAGUUAAAUUCCGUGAAGACCAUAUUGUUCGCUUGGAAAGAUUACAUAAAGAGGCUGGUGGAAGUUUAUUGCCGAAAGAGCAACACGAUCUCCUCACUGAAUUGAGGGAGGAAUUGCAGACACUCAGAGAACAGAUGGAACAACACCCGCGAAUUGCAAAGUAUGCUAUGGAGAACCAUAACCUCAGAGAGGAGAAUAAAAGACUUCGUUCUUUACAGUCAGUUAAAAAGGCGCAAGAAAUUGAUGCUCAGACCAUCGCAGAACUAGAAAAAGUGUUUUUGAAAGCUUCAGCCACAGACAAAAAUACUGGAGGUCAUCAUUUAUAUUCUACCACCGUAUCAGUGGAAGGCAACUCGCUGGCAUCCGUUGAAAGGCUGAAAGCACGCCUACUACAGACUCAAAGUGAACUAGCAAGUUCAAAACAAGAAUAUGAAGAAUUCAAAGAGCUAACCAAGAAAAAGCAUAUGGAACUGGAAUCAGAGCUUCAAUCCCUUCAGAAAGCAAACCAACAUCUUGAAAACAUUCUGGAGGCAACCAAAGCACACAAGCGCCGAGAACUCUCGCAGUUACAUAAGCUGCAUAGAGAAACUCUUAAGAACAUAACCACUCCAACCAAAGCUUACCAGCUAAGAUCUCGCCUAGUGCCACGAAUAAGCCCAGACAUCUUAGAUUAUCAUUCUGAAGACUUUCAGUGCUCCAGUGAGAUGAUGGAUGACAUUUUGAAAGAACCAGUUCCCCCAGAGAUGAAUGAACAAGCAUAUGAGGCCAUUGCUGAGGAGCUCAAAGUGGCACAGGAGCAAUUGAGCACAAUGCAGACGAAGCUGGAUGAAGAGGAAAGCAAGAAUAUAAAACUCCAGCAGCAUAUUAAUAAACUGGAACAUCAUUCUGCACAAAUACAGGAGCUCCUUUCAUCUGAAAGGAAUGACUGGAAUAAAGAGCGCCAGGAGCUUCUUGAACAGAUAAAAACACUUGAAAAGAAAUUUCAAGACAGUGAAAGCAAGACUGAUAUAUUAAAAAGUGAGGUCUGUGACUUGCGCAUCGUACUGCAGUCUGCAGACAAAGAACUGUCUGCUGUAAAAUUGGAAUAUAGUGCCUUUAGGGAAAAGCAAGAGAAAGAAAUGAGUCAGCUUUCUGGUAGACAUAUGGAUGUACAGGUCCAGCUGGACAGUGUCAGGCUAGAGCACGAAAAGAUUCUUGAAGAAAAAGCAAGCCUGCAGGAUGACUAUGACAAUUUGCAGGAAGUAACGAAGUUUGAGACAGAUCAACUGAAGCAGCAGCUUGAGGACAGAAAACAAGAAGGAGAAGCAAUGAAAAAUGAGCUUUGUAACCUCUUGAAACUCCUGAAAAUGGAAAAAGAACAUAAUGAAAAACUAACAUUACAAUUACAAGAAGACAAAGAAAAUAAUUCAAAGGAGCUCUUGAAAGUACUUGAAGCACAGGUGGAGAAACCAUCCUCUGAAAUUGUGACACGGUGUGAGCAGCAGGAGGCAAAACUGCAGAAACUGGAACAGGAGCUGGCUGCUGCUGAAGAAUUUAUUGUUUCUUUGAAGAAGACAAAUGAUGCAGAUAAGGAAGUCGUAACUGAUUUGAUGAGACAGAUCCAGGAGCUGAGGUCUUCAAUUAAUCAUAAAACUGAAUCCAUAGAUGGGCUGACAAGAGAACUCAAGGACAUAAGUUGCAAGUAUAAUCUUGUUCUGGCUGAAAAAGAAGAAAGCAAAAGAAUCAUACAGGAUCAGGAAAAGAAGAUUGAAGAACUGAAGGAAACUUUGGAGAGACGACAGCUAGCUGAUAACAUUGAGAGAGACCUUCUGUGUGAAGAUUUGCAUCAUACCACCGAGCAGCUCAUAAGACUGACAGAGGCCUCUAAGAAACAUGAUUCAUUGCUUCAGUGUGCCCAGGAAGACAUAAAAAAGAAAGAAGCUUUAAUCCAGGAACUGAAAGAACAGCUGGACAAAAUGACAGAAGAACUGGAGAAGAGAAAGAAUGAAUAUGAACUAAAAAUGAAGCAAAUAGAUUGCUUUGUGGACUCCUCUUCAGUAACAUUUCCUCAGUGUCCAAAAACUCCUCCCAAUUUUGAUGUGAAUUUGGCAAAGCUCUUGGAAACUCAUGAGCAAGAAAUAGCUGAUAGAAGGGCUUCUGCAAUAAAUCUGGAGCACCUUGUAUAUGAACUGAAUGAAGAACGAAGUGCUAAAAAUGAUGAAAUUCUAAGGCUGAAGGAGCAAUUAAAUGAGAUGGAGAACUUGCGUCUGGAAAUGCAGAUACUGAUGGAGAACAAUAGGAAUUUACAGAGCCUUGUAGAAGCUCAGAAGCAAAGCAAGAACAGUGAUCAGAAACAUCCUGAUGUUCAGUACCUCAAAGAGAAGGAGGACGAGAUUGCUGAAGAACGACUGGCUAAGAAUAAAGCAGUGGAGGAGAUGAUGAAAAUCAAAGCAGAAUUAGAAGAGACCAAAAAUACCCUCAAAAUCAAAGAGAAUACUUGUCUUGAAAUGAGUCUGGAGAUGGAACGAACAAGAGCUUUGGAGCUGAAAGCAUUUCAUGAGAAAGAAGAAAUAAGAUCAAAACUGGAGGAAACAUAUGAAGAGAAAGACAGAAUUGGAAAGGAAAUCGACUUGCUGAGGAAGCAAGUUGACUGUCUUGCUGAGGAGAACGGGAAGUUACUUGGUCAUCAAAACCUAAACCAGAAGAUUCAGUAUCUUGUGAAACUGAAGAAAGAUUACGCUAAACUUACUGAGGAGACUGAAAAACUACGAGUUGAAAAUGCUUUUUUGAAAGAAUCAAGAAAAUGUGACACAUGUAGACACCAGGAUCAUAGGCUAUAAUGACACAAAACUGCAGAGCCAUGGUUUUUAAAGUGUACAGAAUAAGCAAAAAAUAUUUGUCAAACUUGAGGUUUGCUGUAGUCUCAGACUAAUCAAGUCUUUCAGUUACUGUUAGUGAAGAAAUUUAUUCCAGCUAAGUGGGCAGCUUUUAGUGACCUUCCUAUAAUUUUUCAAAAUCCAAUCUUGUGUUGGUGCUGGGAGAUACUUCCUUGAAACCUUUGUGCCUGCCAAGGAAAAGCUUUCACACUGGGAACACCCCUGGAUUUUUGUUUCUUUGUAUGUUCUUUUAUUCAGGCUCUUACCUCUUCUGAAGUACUACAUUUCCACCAGAGCCAAGUCUUUAAAAGUGUAAUUCUUUAUGAUUUUUUUAUUGUUGUUGUUGCUAAACAUAGGAGGUUUUUACUGCUUUAAAGUCAGUCAAAUUUAUUAACUUUUUUUAAAUAACCCGUAACUUUCAUAUUGAAUUUUGUUCAAUAAAGCACAAAUGUGAAUUUAGUAAUAGACUUGUAAAUAGUACUAUAAAUACCUUUAUGGUUUGUAUUCUUUUUUUUUCUGUUUGAAAUUAAAAUGCUUUUUAAAUGUUUUUCCUCUAGUAUAAACUUAAUGCAGACUUCGAAAGAACUUCCUGCUAAUGUAGAAGCAUUUUGCAACCAUUUUCUUGUGAAACAAAAGUCAGAAAUGUUAAACAAGAUCUGAAAAUACACAGGACCUUUUUAGGAGGAUAACGCAAGUUCCUUUAAUUGCACUUAAACUGAAAUUUUUAUUAUUGGAACGCAAAACACCGAUUUAUAUGCCAGUGUCAAACACCUGGGUGUUUUGCUUUUUUUUUUACUGUCAGUAAUACAAUAAUUCAAUUUUUGGCAACUUUGAACAUUGCUACUUUUGCCCACAAGUGAUGGGGCAAAAGAGAACACAGACAAAGAUGUCAAGUCAGCUGUAGGAUACCUUGAGAAUCUCCUCGGCAUUUGUCUGAGGGAAAGAAUUUCCUCCAGCUUCUCUGUGAGUUCCAGAGUCCUUAUCCUGUAUGCUUGUUUCCUCUUGAACUUCAGUGUGGACUGUGAAAAAAGCUCUCAAAUUGGGGAAGUUUUUUGUUCUGCAGACAAGUAAUAAUAGAGAGCAGAAGUAACUAACGAUGAUUACUUAGCAGUCUAGAGGGGUUUGUCUUGGACCACACAACUGUUGUAUCCUGUGGACUGCUUUUUUUCAUUGUUGUUGCCAUGUUCUGAGCUUACAAAUGUUCCUUAAAGCCUCUGUCUGUCUUGUAUUACUGUUUUCUGACUGUUUCCAUGCAAGCAGGGUUUUCUGUCCCUCCCUUGGUGGGAAGGCAUGGUCCCUGCUGCACGUUGUUUACACGUGAGCCUGUCUCUGUGUUGUCUGUCUACAGUAGGACUUGCAUUGUUCUCUUUUUAUA